AUGGCUCAGUCACUGGCUCUGAGCCUCCUUUUCCUGGUCCUGGCCUUCGGCAUCCCCUGGACCCAAGGAACACCCUCUGCAGACAGUGAUGGAGGGGCACAGGACUGUUGCCUCAAGUACAGUGUAAGGAAGAUUCUUGACAGGCUUGUCCGCAGCUACCAGAAGCAGGAGCCAAGCUUGGGCUGCCCCAUCCCGGCUAUCCUGUUCUCACCUCGGAAGCGCUCUCAGGCAGAGCUGUGCGCAGACCCUAAGGAGGCCUGGGUGCAGAGGUUGAUGCAGCGUCUGGACACAUCACCAGCCCCACGGAAACCAGCCCAACGCUGUAAGAAGGACAAGCCUGGCAAGAAGAGAAAGGGCUGCAAAGGCUGUAAGAGGACUGAAGAGUCUCAGACCACCCAAAAGCCAUAGCCCAGUGACCAGCCUGGAGCCCAGGGGAUCCCCAUCAGCCACACCAGGGUUUGGAGCCCCUAUUCCAGGGGCAAGAAGCUGGCUAAAAGACAGGGAGGACUCAGGGGCCCCAGAGCAGUCCUUCUACCCCCAUGCUGGCCUUGCCUCAUCCUUUCUCCUGCUGCAACUAUCCCUUCCGUAUUUCUAGCCCCGCUGCAUGGCUGA